AAAGGUGCAUUCGGUAAAUUAGUGUUUAAAAUCAAAUGACUCUAUAAUUAGCCUCACUAAGUUUAAAGGUAAUUAUAACCAUCAGAAUUUCUUCUUGUUUCGAUUUGGAAAAUGGACGUGUGUUAAGAUUUAAUAAAAAUGUCAUCGGGACAUUCGUUCUCUCCACUACUGAACACAUUACGGUCAAAAUUGGAAGAGAUUACACUGAGACCCAUUCGGGACCAGACUGAAAGCGCUGGCCUCAAUAGAUGUUUUAGGAUCCGGGAUUAAAACAGCUUUUCGACUCUUCCGUCCGAGUAGGCCUGAAAAAUAUUAUGUUAACGAAAUAUCGGAUAAAGAAAUACUUUCAGCAAAAAUAGAUGGUUAAAAAAGGGACAUACUAGAGAAGGAUGCGCAAAUCGCAGCCUUAACAAGAGAUUUAGAAAAUGGUAGACAGAACAGUACACGCAAUGCCAGGCGUUACAAGCAACACAUCUUCAAAUUAAAAGAAGAUCUCUCACGAGUUGAAGCCGAAAAACAGGAUGCACAAGAUGAGGCGCCCUGGUGUCCGUGAAAUUGCAGAGGAAGGCCAGCUUAAUUUAUGCCAUUUUUAAGAUUAGAGGAAGACAUUUCUGAUUUGCAGAAACAUAAUGAUGGUCUUGAAAGGGAAAUGCUAGAUAAGAACAAAACAAUUGAGGACUUGACGAGGCGUUUGGAAAUUGAAAAUCAAGCAAGGAAAGAUGAUACUAGUACCUGGCAAUAUACUCAAAAUACUUCCAAAAUAAAGGACGACCUAAUACGAGUUGAAAUUGAAAAACAGGAUGCUCUUACAAGAUUACGUGCAUUGAUGCCUGUGAAACUACUUGCCAACAAUCCGAAUAUCGCCGAUCUCAGUGACCAGUUCAGACCUACAAAACUGGCGGAGAUGUUCAGUGAACUGUACGACAACGAAUGGACGGACGCUUUUACCGCUGUCAGCAAGGGUCUCACUGAGAGGCAAACUGUAACCUUCUUACUGGACAUCGUAAUGAAAGCGUACUCAUUUUGCACAAAAGAAAUGGACCAGACAAGAAUUGUGAUGUCAGAGUUGUACCUAACAUACGCUCGGAAAGACGCUGUGGUGAAGAUGACAGAUGAACAAUCUAAGAGAUAUCAGACUUAUCUUCAGUCCAUCUGUGGCGUCUCAACACUGCUGGACAUGCUGUCCACUGAAGUCGUAGCAAAAUACGUCACACAGUGCGUUAAACUGUGUCUGCUUAUGUGUCAAUAUGAUCCACCAGUCGUGAUAAGUUGUCAAGAUGUAAUAGAGGAAGCUUGUGUUGAUUUAAAUAAAUCAGACGGUGCAAAUGCGCCAAGUGGAAUAGUAAGCAAUGAAAAACCAAUUACGCUGGGAUCAACAGGUGCAAAAUUUCAAAACAACCUUGAUGAACAAGCCACCGAAGAAGAAUCUAAGAACAAAGAACAAGCACGCGGAGCUGUGAACAUACAAACAGAAAAAGAGCAGCCGCUUUGCGGAGAGACCAAUACGGAAGGCAAUCAAACAAGUGGGGCAAUGAGAGAAAUUGAAAAUGAAUCGGGUGCGCAGCACAAUCCGAAACGACUACCAUUUGAUAGGGACGUGUUUGAAGAAUAUAUCUCAGGUGGCCCGUACUUAGAGUACGUAGUCUGGCCGGUUAUGUUUCUGCACCAAGGCGGCCCCAUGCUCGGGAAGGGUGUGGCACAUGGGACACGGGAAGCAAUAGGCAGGUUGGAUGACGAACAUUUGACAUGGAAGACAGCUGAAUAAGAGUCACGUAUAUGUCAAACAGGCUACUGUGUUUAUUUAGUUUUACAUAUUUUAGUUUGUGCUGUUUUAUAUAAAAUUAUGAUGCGUUUUUUUUUAAGUGGUAGCGAUUUUACUUCGAGGUGAGCUAUAUGUAUGAUAUAUAACAAUUAAAUAAAUUAUAAAUAAUUGUUGAUGACGAAAUUACGCUCAAUUAAUCCGCCUGUAUUUGUUUAAUGGAAAUAUACAAGUUUGUGUUCAUGAUCACUUUCAAUAACGGAUAACAACAUGCCAUAUUACACGAUAAUGUGCCGCACAGUGCGAAUGUGGGAAAGGUUAAUUAAUUAUUUUAUAUUUACGCGUGAUGAUAACUGAUUUUCACCAUGCAUUUGAAUAAACUUAAUUUAUAACGAC